AUGGACUUUAGAGCUCUCAACACUUUCAUCGUGUAUCACAAAUUUUGGAUAGUCUCUCUACAAAACAUCCUUCUGUUGCUGAAGAAGGGCAUCUGGAUGGCUACCUUGGACCUUCAAGAUGCCUACUUUCAUUUAAGGAUUCUCUGCCAACACCGGCAGUACCUGCACUUUGCUACUGGGGAGGACCACUUCCAAUACAAGGUUCUCCCCUUUGGCUUCUCUACUGCCCCCAGGGUGUUUACCAAGACUAUGGUGGUGGUUACAGCUCACCUUCGUCUACUGGGGGUUUCUGUCUUCCCCUAUAUCGACGACUGGCUUCUGGUGGCAAAUUCAGAGGAUCUCCUCCUCAAGAACAUUCAAAUCACACUGUCCCUGCUGCAGACUUUGGGUCUUUGCAUCAAUCACAAGAAGUCCUGA